AAUACACUCUAGGUAUCCUCAGAACAUACUCGUAACUAUCAUACAAUCACCCUCAAACCAAUUACUUGUCGUGGCUUUAUUUAAAUCAUCGCCGUUUUGUACACAUAUGCUUAGUAGAUUGCCCCGCAUCUCACCGAAAAGUUUUUACGACACUAUCCACAGCCUUUACCAUCCACCGCCUCAUCGCUGGCAAUGUACCUAAACCGAACUGUGGGUACUACUGCGUCUUUCGAUAGUCGAGUCCAUGAGGUGGCCGCCAAGAUACGAGAACAGGACGACAAAGCUCAGGGUUCGAUGAAAGUCAGAAACGAUGGCGAGCUCAACGUGUCAGCACAACAAGGCGAGAUAUUCGUUUUCAAGCCCAGCCCUGAGUUCACAGCUCUAAAUCGAGAGUAUUUUUCCAGUGUAUGGGGCAUCAUUCGACAGGCAGUACCAGAUGUUGGCUUGCAGCCUGAAUUAUGGCCGGUUAUGCUACGCCUGGUCAAAGGCAGGCUUAUAAUCUCGCGAGAUCACGUCGGAGUUAUAUCGUCAAUCUGGACGGACAGCAAUGUGGAAGACGAAAUCGAUAUUAAGAUCGGCGAUUACCAUGUACUUGAUAAAUUGCGGCCGCACACCAUGAAGGUCCUCUCUGGUGACGAAGAGGUCUCUAUCGGAGUGUCCGCCAAGAUUACCAUCAAUCUGAUCCUUCAUCCCAAGCCGAAGGCACCACCACCAGAGAGGCCGACCACUUAGCGUUGUUGUGGACUACUGAGAAGGCCAAAUGCAAGUCUAGCAUCGUAGUCUAGGGUAUGUACGAAAUCUAUUGCGUAUGAUGUGAAUUCUGCUUCUGCGUUCGAGUUUGGUGGAAGGAGUGGAUCCUUGUUGACUCGCGAAGAUUGCUGGGUGCCUGCAUUGUCAAACGUAGACCGUGAUGGGCGAGAAUGGGAUGCUAGAAACUGCUGGCCCACCACUGGCUCACCUGUGUAUACUCCAAAAUGACUUGAACCUGUGUUUUGCCUU